AUGAGCGUAAACGGUGAAAAAACUUCUCUCACCUUAAUUUCGAUAGCUGAAACCGCCAAAUUCUAUACGUCGUUAUGUCUCGGAACCACGGCCUUUUUAUCGGUAUUCGCUUUCUUAUUUUUGAUACCAUUCGUAGUUGAUCCAGCAAUCACGAGUCUGAUGGCCGACUACGAACCAGAGCCAGUCACCUGCAUAGCUACCCAACACAUCUACGCCGAGGGCAUAUCGAAUUGCUCUUGGGCUUCCUGUCGUGAAGGUUGCACCAGAGAAGCUACGCGUUGCCACCAAAUCUACGUCAAUUAUUCGAAGAUGCCCUUUCAUCAGUACAGACCGACGAUGCCCGUUCAAAAUAUCCAUUGGGACGUGCCGAAUACCCGUUUUCUAAUCAAUACGGAAGGUUGCGGCUAUCCACCUUCAGUGAACUGCUCUGAGUUCGCCCGCCAGUACGGCUACCAGACUGCAGGCACUCCAUUUCCUUGUUAUUAUAGUAGAGUUUAUCCCGAAACGCAAGUAGUUGCUAGGUAUUCAUGGGAUGAUACAUUGAGACAUUUGGUGCUAUCUAUUACAAUUCCAAACAUAUUGUUUGCUGCCUCUAUUGGAGUACUGAGCUAUUGGUAUUGUCCGGGAUGUGGUAGAUCCUGUCAGAAAUACAUGCACCAUUUCCCGACAGAUAACGACAUUCAUCUGGGAGUCCAUUCCUUUGGAAAAAAAGCAAGUUUGUCUUCUAUGGACUUACUGAGAGAGAGGAAGACUUCGAUGAAAACAACUACUAGCACUGAGCAUUUUUUAAAUUUGUAA